AUGGAGGAGGACGCAUACCUUGACCUCUACCUGAACGGCUGCGCCGGCCAGGACGACCUUGGCCCAGCUGUACCUCCCCUGUUCAGCCCAGCGGCUCCUUAUGACGUGUAUAACCCAUCCAAUCCAGAGACUGCAUUCAGUGCACAUCUUGAAGUCAAAGAAACAUCUGGAGACUUCUCGUCUGUGGAUCUCAGCUUCCUACCAGAUGAACUCACCCAAGAAAAUAAAGAGGAGAGUGCCACUGGAAACCAGCGUGGAAGUGAAGAAAAUGAACAGGACGUUGGGCAGGGCUUCAGUGGCAGCGGCUUAUCCAGUGCCCACUCACACCUGCAGCCUGGUGGUGCUGCCUCCCUCCAGCCCUUGCCUGACAAACCAGAUGCUUUGCCUAUGGCACCCAUAGCUUCUAUGACCCCAAUGAACCCUGUCUCAGAAUGUUCUGGAAUUGUGCCUCAACUCCAGAACAUAGUUUCCACUGUAAACUUGGCCUGUAAACUGGAUCUGAAGAAAAUAGCUUUGCAUGCCAAAAAUGCAGAAUAUAACCCAAAGAGGUUUGCUGCUGUGAUCAUGAGGAUCCGAGAGCCCAGGACCACCGCCCUCAUAUUUAGCUCUGGGAAAAUGGUCUGCACAGGAGCCAAAAGCGAAGAGCAGUCCCGACUGGCGGCAAGAAAGUACGCUCGCGUGGUGCAGAAGCUCGGGUUCCCCGCCAGGUUCCUGGAUUUUAAGAUUCAGAACAUGGUCGCAAGCUGUGAUGUGAAAUUUCCCAUCAGGCUGGAGGGCUUGGUGCUCACCCACCGGCAGUUCAGUAGCUAUGAACCUGAGCUGUUUCCUGGCCUUAUUUAUAGAAUGGUAAAACCACGAAUUGUGUUGCUUAUCUUUGUAUCUGGAAAAGUUGUGUUGACAGGUGCCAAAGAACGUGCUGAGAUCUAUGAAGCAUUUGAAAAUAUCUAUCCUAUUCUAAAAGGUUUUAAAAAAGCCUAA